AUGGGUCUCAGCUAUAUACAGAGCAAGUUGGCUCAACUAUGGAGACCUGAAGGAAGGAUGGAUUGCAUUGACCUUAGUUAUGGCUUCUUCUUAGUCAGAUUCUACUCCAAGGAAGACUUAGAGAGGGUGAUCAAAAGGAGUCUGUGGUUCAUCGAGGACCACUUCCUCUCUUUGAGACCGUGGGAGCCAUUCUUCAAGUCAUCGAUGGCAAAUGUUUCUCUAAUUUUUGUUUGGAUCAGGCUUAAUGAGCUCCCUAUUGAGCUUUAUGAAACAAAGGUGCAUAAGGAAAUUGGUGAAUCAAUUGGCAAGGUGUUAUGGAUUGAUUCACAUACAGCCAUGGAGGCGCAUGGCAGAUACGCCAGAUUAUGUAUCCAUAUUGAUAUCAACAGGCCGCUUGUCAACAGCAUUCUUAUUGGUCGUUUUGAGCAGGUGGUUACUUAUGAGGGAAUCCAAAAAUUGUGUUUUUCAUGUGGCAAAAUUGGGCAUAAGGUUGAAGCUUGCCCAUACACUAUUCGUAAGGAAAAGGAUAAGGAACAGAAUGCUCCGACGAAGGAAGCUCUAGAGAGCCAAAUCAAUGACGUUGGUGAUGGAAGUGCUGAUCUUCAGAACUUGCACGGCAUUGUCACGCACAAUGCAUGUAAGGCGACGAACGUGGAGGGGCAUUAUGGUCCAUGGAUGAUGGUGAGUAGGAAAAGAUACGGACAGAAAGGGAAAAGGACAGAUUACGGUAUUGGGCUUGGCACGGGGAAUGCUGGCAUCUCAGCAUGGAAUUCCACUAACCAACUGACUCCAGUUUUUGCGGAAGGAACGAGCAUGCCCGUUGGUGGUCCUUCAUCUAGCAAAAUUUUGCCACGUAGACUUGCCAAUCCUAAGACUAUGGCCAGGUUCAAGAAUGAGGUGAAAUCGUGGGCUUCAAAAACUCCAAGAGUGUUUACUAUUAAGGAAAGGCCCACUUCAAGCCCUAGUAUGACUAGAUUACCUGUGGACAACUUUAAGGAGGCAAUGGUUAGUUUGAAGCAACAUAGCAGCCCAAGCCCAUCUCCCCAUGUACCCAUAACAUAUCCGUCCUUAGUGAAAAACAAAAAGCAUUUGGCUAGGAACUUAGCUUCUAAUAUUUUACCCAAAAGCGCCGCCUCUUCAUGUGUGGAAGGUUUAGACAGGAAGAUCACCACCCCUCACCUCACCCACCCUCCUUUAUCUCGGUCUGAGCCCAACCAACCCACCUGCACCACUUUUGAAUUCUCGACGAAAGCCAAUGCUGAGACUGGAUUACUUGCUGAAAGUGAGAGUGAUCGGAGUUUGCAUGCCCAGCUCGUCGAAGAGAAGAGUCUUACCGAUGAUCAUAUGGUGUCCGAUGUUGCCGAAGAUCAUAUGGUGUCCGAUGAGGGAAGUGGAGCCGCUCCUUUCCUCUAA